UUGCACAAAUUGAUAAAUGGUAUAUAGAGUGUGAAACAGAUGAAACAAACCCUGGGAGCACGUUCAUAUCGCCUAGCGAAAUCUCAAUAAGAACAAAUAUUGCUGUUAAAUUUAUGUUAAAAACUGUUAUCAGCGCAUCUGGAGGCAGAAGACUGCUCUUUCGUCAUGUAACAAUUUUGAUGUAGAUUCCCAAAAUGGCUCUUGAAAGUGAAUCCAUAUCAACCUCCGCAAAUUUUCGAUACUGGUCAUCAUUGAUAUCCGGUGGAGUAGCUGGCUUAGUGGUCGAUAUCGUACUUUUUCCCAUCGACACAAUCAAAACACGCCUCCAAAGUGAGCGAGGUUUUCUUCGAUCCGGUGGAUUUAGAGGUAUCUACAAAGGCUUAGCACCUGCAGCUGCUGGGAGUGCUCCUACUGCUGCGCUUUUCUUCUGCACCUACGAUGGUCUCAAAUCACAUUUAGGUCAACUUGUGACGGAUAAAUCUCAUCAGCCGUAUGUGCACAUGCUGUCGGCAGCAAGUGCAGAAAUAGUAGCGUGUCUCAUACGCGUACCGGUAGAAAUUGCAAAGCAGCGUCGACAAGCACUAUCGCUCAAAUAUAAUGCGUCUUCGGUGGAGAUUUUGUACAAUGCCAUAAAAGCCGAAGGAAUUCGGAGGGGCCUUUAUCGAGGCUUCGGUAGCACGAUCAUGCGUGAAGUACCCUUCUCAUUUAUACAGUUUCCGCUUUGGGAAUACUUCAAACAAAACUGGACCAAUCUUACCGGAACGACACUGACACCGUUUUCGGUAGCAAUAUGUGGUGCAGUUGCCGGAGGUAUAGCUGCCGGGCUGACUACCCCGUUGGACGUUGCAAAGACCCGAAUAAUGCUUGCCGAUGACCGGAGUGAAGUCACGAGGAAAGGAGUGGUCCAGGUUUUAAGAGGAGUUUACAGGGAGCGUGGUUUUCGAGGUUUGUUUGCUGGUUUCGUUCCUCGAGUGUUGUGGAUAACGCUUGGAGGUGCCAUAUUUUUCGGUUUCUACGACCUGACUAGCAGAAUGUUAAGUUCGGAUGAAUCCAUACAAUAAAAUCUGUUUUCCGUAAAGAACUAAUUGUUUAUUAGCGUACUUAAAUCAAUGUUAAGCCAAAGUGUAGCUUUCAGUAAUUAAUGCCUUUUCUUACUCAUAGAUACAAUAGGUAAUAUUCGUAACAAUAAACGCGAGAAAAUAUCACAUAACAUGA